AUGGCAGCAACAGGACUAUCCCUGGGCAUUCUGCCCGCCUUCCGCACCUGUCUCGAAUACUUCCAACUGUACAAGACAGCGAAGGAAACAUCCUUCGACAGCCAGGUCCUUAUUUUCAAAUUCGACUGCGCAAACGAGGAUUUCAUCAUCUGGGGCGAAAAGCACGGUCUGCUCAAGGAGCCGGGGGACGACGCGCGCAAUCCAGAGCUCGACCAUCCUGAAAAGGCCGCCAAGAUCAAAACCGCCUUAGAUCUAAUUCAAGGGCUCCUUAGCAACGGUAGGGUCUUGCAGGAGAGGUAUGGAGUCGAAGUUUCAACGAUGAACUCUCCAAACACACAGCCCGAUGGUGAUGGCGGCCAAGAGGAGCAGCAGCCAUUCCUGAGCAGUUCGGCCCUCAAGCGAAUCGGGAGUCUGUGGAGGAGACAACAGCAAAGCGCGAACCGGCGGGGUCUAACCGCGCUGCAGAAAACUAGAUGGGCUAUCAACGAUAAGAAUAAGUUCCAGCGACUCAUAGACGAUGUAGGCGACCUGGUGGAGCGGCUCUACAAAGAACUCCCAUUCCCUGAGCCUGAGCGAAAUUCUGUGGCUAUCAGGGACAUUCGGAGUCUGGCUCGUCACUUGGAGAGGCUCAGGAUCUUUGAGGUAGCAAGUAUUGAUCGAUAUCCGGCCUGGUCUGGGGCUGCGAGUGUCAUGCGUGAGGCUGGGUCGAGUCAAGCUGGGCCACGGACCAUAAGCCAGUGGAUGGCCAAUGUUGAAGAUGUCUCCGAGGAUUUGGACCAAGUCCAAGACAUGCCACAAGAACAGGUACAAGUGGAUCCUCUGGAGAUCAAUAUGUCGAAAAUUCCCGCGACAACGUUCUAUUUUGUGUUAACAUCGCCAUGUCCAACGGCGACACUCGGACUAUCGUGCGAUACGAGGCAUCUCGAAAUCCAAGUUGGUGGCCCGUCGUAUGUGUUUGAGCAUGAUUCUUUGAGGCAAUGGGGUCUAGGCAAUCGAAUGAAGCAACUGAUAAAAGUCCCAUCUCCCAUCCCCGACGAAGACACACUUCGCAACAUGAGCUUCGAGGUUGCAUCUCAUUAUGACAGGUACCUGGAGUCUCAAUACCCGCUCGCCAAAGUCAAGAUUUUGUGCGGUCCCUGCAAGUGUGCGGUGAGGACGGCCCUGGAGGUUUGCCGUGGGCAGUCUAAAAAAGAAGUCAACUACUCAGUGUGCAUCGACGAUCGCAUGCAGACCAGCUGCUGCCCCGGAAACAAAAAACUUCAGCGCCUGCGGGACCUGUUCAGAACACUGCGGGCGUACGACGAGGAAUGGAGGGAUAUGGCCGUCAUCGGCUUGGAAAAAGACCUGCUCACCAGGGUGGACCGGGUGCACCUCGAACAGCGUAUAUACCAGCUGGAGACGGAAGUGUACGAAGGCGAGACCAACAAAGCCCCAGCACAGCAGAUGAGCGACCUUCUCGUCGAGACACUGGAACGAUAUAACUACCACACUCCGGUAUUCCUCUGCGAAGCGAUAACAUGUGCCUGGUUCAUCCAGAAGAAGCCAUUUUUAUGGUCACCCAGAGUCCCGAGGGAGAGCGAGAUCUUCAAGUUCACCAAAGAGUACUUAGCUCCAACUUUCUCAACUCAUUACCUCGGGACCUUCACAUCCAAGAAGACCCAAGUGCCUCAAUCAGACUCGGGCCGGCCUGAUGAGGGUAGGAGACCUGUCCCGAGUGUAGCGAGCACUCGCGGAGCUGGACCCCGACAGCCUUCGUUGCACUCCAACUCCCAAGCACCGUCAGCAGCCACGGCUGAAAGCUUAGAAUCUGGGAAUGAACUUACAGAAGAAGAGGAAGUCCUGGGCAGUAGCGGAUGGGCUUCGACCCGUCGGAAGAAUAACCUGGAGGGCAAUUUGGUCCGACGUAACUCGACAGCAGAAGACUCGGACAGGCCGGCGAGGCGUCUGCGAUCCUCAUAG